AUGUCGACAGCGAACGACGGUUCGGCGGUACGGUUCGGCCGAUGGUGGUGGUGCUGGCGGAGAAGAAGGCGGAGUACUACGACCCGCGGCCCUACGAUGCCGACAACGAUGUAUCACCCGAGGACAAUCAUCCUUCUGAGCGUAUUGGCGUUAAUCUUGGUCCUCCUUGGUCACGUUGACGCCGCCGCAAGGACAAAAGCCGAGGAGUCGACCUCGUCCCGCGGCUCGACCGGCAGGCAGAAGGAGGCCGAGCCGGUGAUCGAGGAAGUCACUGCCAAGCAACUCGAACGGCUCCUUAACGAGAAGGACUUUGUUGCCGUGUAUUGGUAUGCCCGAAGUUGCACCACAUGCGACAAAGUCCUGGCCGAACUGGAGAAAAUCGACGACGAUACAGACCACUUUGGAGUCGACUUUGUCAAAAUCAACGAUAAACGACUGGCGAAGCAAUAUGGUAUCAAAAACUUUCCGGCUCUUACAUAUUUCCGCGAAAAAGAACCAAUCAUAUACGAUGGUGACUUGAUGGACGAAGAGAAUGUAUUGGAUUUUCUUACGAGUUUGGAAGCUAUGGAUCUACCAGAUCGUAUCGAAGAAGUUAAUGCAAAAAUUUUGUCAAAGAUUGUUGAGGAAACGGAUUUUGUGGCAGUUCUCUUCUGUCCAAAUACGGAGCGGUGUGCAGGCAUCGGUUCUAACAAACCAGACUGCAAAAAGUGUCUCAAGGCCCUGCAAGAAUUGGAGAACAUCGAUGACGAAGCCGAUCAAUUGGGCAUUGGCUUCGUAAAAAUUGCGGACGAGGAGCUGGCAGAUGAGUAUAAUCUCGGUUCUCUCCCAGUUCUUGUGUAUUACAGACAUCAAAUUCCAAUUAUUUAUGAACAUGAGUUGAGUAGAGAAGAAGACGUGCUGGAAUGGCUGGUAGCGAACAAGAGUACGGGAGAUGAAGAGGAUGUUAUCGAAGAUGUUACCGCCAAAACGUUGAACACACUAAUUGGAAACAUUGACAAUUUAGUCGUUCUGUUCUAUGAUCACGGUGAUGAAGACUCUAUGCAGGUCCUAAAUGAGCUAGAAAAGAUCGACGACGAUUGUGAUAAGCACGGUAUUCAAUUCGUGAAGAUCGACGAUGAAAAGGCAGCGGAAGAAUUCGGAAUCGAUGAUUUACCGGCGAUCGUCUAUUUCGAGAAGCAGAUUCCGAAUGUUUACGACGGAGAUAUAGAAGAUGAGGACGAAAUUUUGGAAUGGCUGUUGUCGCAACUCGAAAAGGAUGAGAUAGAAGACGUCACCGAUGAGAUGUUGGAUCGUCUCAUCAAAGAUGGGAAGACGAUAGCUGUAUUGUUUUAUGACAAUAACGAUCGGAAGUCUCAAAAAGUUCUCAAUGAAUUGGAGAACAUUGAUGAUGAAUGCGAUCAGCUUGGCGUAACGUUUGUGAAGAUCGAUAAUGCGGAGGAGGCUAAGGAAUAUGGCAUUCAAAAAAUACCUACGAUGCUCUACUUUGAGAAGGGCAUUCCGAUGAUGUAUGAAGGCAAUCUCGAAGAUGAGGAGAAAGUGCUCAAAUGGUUAGAGCAGCAGCAAAAGGCUGACCAGAUUGAGGAUGUCACCGACGAAAUGCUUGAUAUGGUUGUAGACAAGAUGCCGCACGUAGCCGUUCUCUUUUAUGACAAAGAUCAGAAGAAAAGCCAAAAGGUGUUAAGUGAAUUAGAGAACAUCGAUGACGACUGUGAUCAACACAACAUAGCCUUCGUGAAAAUCAGUGACUUGGAUGAAGCAAAAGAAUAUGGCAUAGACACACUUCCCACUUUGGUGCUUUUUGAACGAAAGAUACCACACAUUUACGAUGGCGAUCUCAUGAACGAAGAUCAGAUACUGGGUUGGCUGUUGCAUCAGAAAAAACACGCCGAGAUCCCGGAAGUAACGGACGAAAUGGUCGAAAAGCUCGUAGAGACUUCGCCGUACAUAGCUGUCCUGUUUUACGACAAGGACGAUAAGCAGGACAUGCGGAUCCUGAACGAGUUGGAGAACAUAGACGACGACCUAGAAAAGGAAGGGAUCAUCAUUGUUCGCAUAGACAAUGAUGCCGAGGCCAAGGAAUACGGUAUUGAUCAUCUCCCAACCCUGGUGUAUUUCGAAGACAAAAUUCCGGCAAUAUACGAGGGCGAUCUACUGAACGAAGAUGAAGUCCUUGAAUGGCUGAUAGAACAGAAGAAUAGUGCUACUAUCGAGGAGGUCACGGACGAGAUACUGAUGGAUCUCAUAGAGGAUCAUGAAUACGUUGUGGUAUAUUUCAGUGGAAGUUGUGAUGAAGGAGAGAAAUGCGACAAUAUCCUCGAAGAUUUAGAAAAUAUUGACGACGAGCUGGAUGAAACGGGCAUUAUAUUCGUUACUACCGAAGACACCACCACAGCAAAGAAGUAUGGCAUCAGGCAUUUCCCAAGUCUCGCGUUUUUUCGAAACAAGGAACCGUUGAUUUAUACUGGCGAUCUCGAUGACGAGGAUGAAGUAUUGUCUUGGAUUACCGAUGAGGACACUUUGGAGAUACCAGGAAAAAUCGAAGAAGUCAAUACUAGAAUGUUGGAGAACAUUCUCGACGAAAACGAUUAUGUCGUCGUCUUUUUCUAUAAAGAAGGCGAUAAAAAGAGCCAAAAGAUCCUCCAGGAGCUUGAAAACAUUGACGACGAAUGUGAAGAAAAGGAGAUCGACUUUGUAAAGAUUUCCGACGAGGGAAUCGAAAAGGAAUACGAUCUUCCAGGAUUACCGGCGUUGGCAUUUUAUAGACACAAAUUCCGGCAGAUCUAUUCAGGCGACAUGAUGCACGAGGAAGAAAUUUUGGAAUGGGUCCUCGAACUUCGCACAACAACGCCAGAUGUUAUCGAAAGCGUCGAUAGAAAAACAUUACAAGUACUUAUCAACGAUGUUGAGCAUCUCGCCGUGUUCUUUUACGAUGACAAAUGUGAAACCUGCGCGGAUAUUCUCGAGGAAUUAGAAACGAUUGACGAUGAUACCGACAAACACGGUAUUCAAUUCGUCAAAUCAAACGAUGCUAAACUGGCGGCUGAAAUCGGUGUUUUCUCCUUCCCGGCUCUCGUUUAUUAUGAGACCGGAGUCCCCAUCAUGUACGACGGUAAUCUUCUCGACGAAACUGAAGUACUCGAAUGGAUGGUGAAACAAAAAACUGAUGAGAGCAUUGAAGAAAUCGACCGUGAGACUCUCAUCAAAUACAUCGAGACGAAAGAAUUUCUCGCUGUUAUAUUCUACAAAGAGGAGGAUCCGGAGAGUCCGAGGAUCCUUAGGCAUAUCGAACUGAUUGACGACGAAGCUGCGGAAUACGGAAUAAAAAUCGUCAGGAUGAAGGAUCGGCUAGUGGCGAAGAAAUAUGGUUUUCGAAAUCCACCAGGCAUCACUUACUUUCGCAAGGGUAAAAACAUUAAUUAUGAUGGUGACAUUGACGACGAGGAGGAGAUCCUUGACUGGUUGACCAAUCCGGAGAAUAUGGAACUCACCGAUCACAUAGAACGUAUCAACAAGAAGAUGUUUCAGAAAGUGCGACAAACGACCGAUUAUCUAGCCGUAUUUUUUUACAGCAACGACUGCAAACAGUGCGGCCGAGUAUUGGCGGAAAUCGAACACAUCGAUGAUGAAGCCGACAGCGCCGGUAUUAAAUUCGUUAAAAUCGAUGAUAAACAAUUAUCUAAACAAUAUGGUGUUUUCGCAUUACCUGCUAUACUGUUCUUCAAGAUGGGAUCGAAGGAACCAGUUAUAUACGCAGGUGAUCUAUAUGACGAAGAGCAAAUUUUACAAUGGUUGAUGACACAAAAGGAUCCAUCGGGUGAAAUAAUCGAGGCUCUGGAAGGCGAAGAUCUUUUAAAUUUGAUACGAGAAUCGGAAUCUUUGGCCGUAUACUUCUGGAACAGAACGCUUUGCGACAUGUGCCAAUCAAAAACGUACCGCAAGCAGAUGCGCCACAAGGAACACAGGAUUGCGGAACAUGCAGAGGCAGCCGAACACCUCGAUGAUCCCGAUGACUGUGCACAAUGCGUGGGGAUACUUGAGGAAUUGGAGAACAUUGACGACGAUUGCGACAGACAUGGCAUUACAUUUGUGAAAACACAAGAUUUCAAAGUUGCUGAAGAUUAUGGAGUGACUGAUUUACCAGUAUUAGUCUAUUUCGAGCAUCAAGUACCGAAUGUGUUCGCAGGUGAUCUCUCUGUGGAAGAAGAGGUAUUACAAUGGCUGAUUACUCAAAGAACAGAAGAUCGAAUCGAACUGAUCACACGAGUGAUGCUAGAAACGUCUGUCGAGGAGACUCAAUAUUUAGCAGUUUAUUUCACCAAGCUGAAUUGUAACAUAUGUGACGAGAUUCUGGAGGGUUUGGAAAAAAUCGAUGACGAAUGCGACGUAUUUGGAAUUCAUAUGGUGAAAAUUCAGGAUACACAGUUGGCGAAGCGAUAUUCGAUCAAGACGUUCCCAGCUCUCGUUUAUUUUCGAAAUGGCAAUCCUCUUCUCUUUGAAGGAGAUCUCCAAAACGAAGAAUCCGUCCUCGAAUGGCUGAUCGAUGAUGACAAUCGAGAAUUAGCUGAUGAAAUAGAGUCCGUCAACGAUAGAAUGCUAGAGAGGCUCCUCGAUGAAUCUCCUUUCCUAGCCGUUUUCUUUUAUGACGAAGAUUGUCCAGAAUGUGACGAUAUUAUGGAAGCACUAGAGAAAAUUGACGGCGAAGCCGAUCUUUUCGGAAUCGACUUCGUUAAGAUCUCCAGUUCGGAAGCUGCUGAAAAAUAUGGCAUUCUCAAUGUUCCAUCCCUCGUGUACUUCCGAAAGAAAACGCCACUCAUAUAUGAUGGAGAUCUUACACAAGAAGACAAAAUCCUACAAUGGCUCACUUCUCAAGAUGUGUUUGAGAUUAAGAAUGAGAUUGAGGAAGUUAACAGGAAGAUGCUAGACAAAUUGUUGGACGAGAAUGAGUUUCUCGCAGUCUUCUUUUAUGAACAUGAUAGUCUUGAAAGUGAAGAGGCAAACGAAAAAUUGGAAGAAAUCGACGAUGAAACCGAUAAUCUGGAUAUUACAUUCGUCAAGAUGGCAGAUCCUAGAUACGCUAGGAAAUGGGGAGUUACUAAGCUUCCCGCGAUUGUUUAUUUCCGCAAACGAUUCCCAAGUAUCUACAGAGGUGAUUUGCACAAAGAACAGGACGUUCUCGAGUGGUUGCGCAAGAAUAGAUAUCGACAGCCGGAACUGAACAUCUAUAUGUACAUGCUGAUUGCCAUUACCAUUCUCUUCCUUAUGUACACCGGUUUCUUAUUGUCGUGUUUCCGCUCUGAGCCGACCGCGCCCGUUGUACAUCCCAAGCAGGCGUGAACGCGCGAAAAUAUGCAAGUGACAAAUAAAUAAAGUAAAAGACAGGACUCGUGAACACUCGCGCCUGUGUGUGCCCGGUACUCUCAAUAUUCUCUCUGAUUCCCGAUGCACGAUGCGUGGAUAGGUUCGUCCGGAACGAACAAGCUAACAGCGCUUUAAGUGACAAGUAACGAUGACCGUUAAAGCGGAAAUGGAAGCUAAUGAUUUACCUGCGAGCGUGUUUGGACCGCUGUCAAACGUUAAAUAAUAUUGCGUGAAAGAGAGGGAGAGAAUGUGUCUAUUGAAUUUCGUACUCUCUAAAUUCUUUGGAGUGAAAUCUUAUUCUAAAGAGUGGAAAGAGUGGAAGAGUGGUAAGUCAAGCUUUUGUAAAUCUUGAAAAAAAGUGACUCAAUUUUCUAUCUUUAAGAGUGAGAUUUUACACUCUAGAGGGACAAUUUAUUCUAAAGAUUUUAGGCUGGCAUUCAUAGUCAGUUUUCAUAUUCAAAACCAUCUUAAGUUCUGUCGUGAGGUGUCACGAAUCAAUUAGAAGGUCGCAUUAGCAUCUUAUAUAAGACAUUUACUUAAGACGGUCUUGAAGUAAGAACCGACUAUGAAUUCCGACCUUAGAGAGUAGUAUUUUGAACCGAAAAGUACUCGCGCGAAUGUAGCGCGAACUACAAGUUUCGGAUAAAAUACAAGUUCAGUCAAGUAGAAAGAUAAUUUUAAUAAAUUGAUAUCGAUACUAUUACAUUCUUUAUCUCACAAAA